GCUUUAAAGGACUAACUUUCAUAAGAGAAAGUUCAGAGUCCCAUUAAAGGACACCUGAGACAGGCACAAAAAGACCACCAAAGUACUGAUCUCAGCUAUGCCAGAUGCAUGAAGUGGCAUCAAUGCUUGACGGCUUAACCACCGCUGCACCUCCUCAUCUCCAUAUUCUCCUCCUCCUCUCAGUAUCCAAUCUCCUUCAGCCCUCCACCACAUCACACAUGUAGUCUUUCCCCACAACACCCACACAAACACAGGCACACACAUUCCUUCUUCAUUCUCUCUCUUGUACACACGCCCUCCUGCCUAGGGAUUUGAAGAGGCUGAGGCUGGUUUGUAAUCAGAUGAAAGACGAGUAUAAUCCCGAAGCUCCCUCCAUCUUUUUCACUGCUUGAGUGGGGAUGCUGAAGGAGAGGACAAGGGCCAGGAUGGGUGACGUGUGACAGAGAGAUCUGUGCCGACGGAUCCUGCCUUUAUAAGGACCUGGACUGACGCUGCACUCUUAGGAGUCUGGGAUGACCGCAGAGAUCAUUGAAGAGAGAGUGGACGGGUAAAGACGGGGCAGAGAGGACAUCAAAGAGAGCUUCAUCUGUGACUGGGACACAAGGUAAGUAUUUCUUUUUAAAAAAUUGCCUGCCAUUAUUUUUGUUGUGUGUGUGUGAGUGCACAGGAUGGAGUUCUCACCUUGACAGGAUUUAAUGGAAGAAAGAUGCACUCGGGCCUUUAAUGAAUUAAUAAUGAGAGGCUGUUUCAUCCCACUGUGUCCAAGUAGCACAUUUCUUUCAUGUGUGACAUAGAACUUUAAAUGAUUCAUGAAAGAGACUUUAAUUAUAAACAAAGAUUUUAAUACAUUUAGAAUUCUAAUUAAAAUAUUGAACAUUUAGAUUCUUUUUUUUUUUUUUUUUGCUAGUAGAUUACUUUCUCACCUGUUGACAAUAUAUAUUACCUAAAACCAAAGCAAAGGCUGGAAUAAUGUGGAAAAACAGCCUUUGACCCACUUUAAGAAAGCUGUACCAAAAGAGCCAAAAGGUUUUUCACAAUGUUUAUGCUGUCGUCUCUCAGAAUAACAACAACAUAUUGUAAUGGACGCAUAUAGGGACUGUAGAGUGAGCGAUGGACUCCCGUGGGAUUGAGACCCUUGUCGGUAGAUAUAACUGGUUUACCAGACAUUUCUACCCACCCCGCCCCUCAUCUGCAAAUAGUUAAGACGAAUAGGUCGUUUUGCCACAAACUCAUAUUAUUGGUCCAGCCUGACCAAAGCUUAAACAUUUGGGGGCUGUAAGAUUUUAUGUUUCUUUAUGCUCAUAAGACUGCAUUUAUUUGAGGAAAAUGUCUACAAUUAUUUUUAAAAAUGCAAACAAUUUAAAUACAUUUUUUUCUAUUUUAAUAUAUUUUAAAAUUUAUUUUAUUCUUGUGAUGAAUUACAAACAGUCAUUACUCCAGUCUUCAGUGUCACACGACUCUUCUGAAAUCAUUCUAAUAUGCUGAAUUGCUUCUCAAUAAAGAUUUCUUAUAAUUAUCAAUGUUGAAAACAGCUGUGUUGCUUUUUUUGUGUGUGUGGAAACUGUGAUAUAGUUUUUUUUAGAAAGUUCAAAAGAACAGCAUUUAUUUGAAGUACAAAUCUUUAGUGACAUAAAAUGUCACUUUUAAAAAAAAACUUUUUUAAUGUUUUUAUUGACACUUUAAUGCUUCUUCAUUUAAUCUAACCCAUGUUUUAUUCAAGGCUUUUCACAUUAGAGACACUUUGGUAACACUUUAUUUUUUAUAAAGUAACUUUGCAAGUAUAUGUACAAUUCUACAAACCCUAACCUAACAGUAUACUAACACUCUACUAAUACUCUAAUGAGAAUUAGUUGACAUCAUUCUUAUAGUCAACAGAGUUUCUAAAGGGAACCAUCAAAAUAAAGUGUAACUGACACUCUUUUCCCAUUCUAUUCCAGCAGAUAUCCAAUGGCGGAGGCUGGGCACACCGUGUCACUCCCACCAGGGGGCACAACCCCCUCAGACGCUGUUGUCACAGUUGAGUACAGUUCAGCAGAGGUUAAGCCUGAAGAUGUACCCCUGAAGAGCUCCAAUGAAGCAUCAUACUCCCCAAAAGACCUCAAAGACUACAGCCAGAUUGAUCAACACACUACAAGUGGUCACUGUAUUUUUGAGACCCAUGUAUCUGACGAUGUGUGUUCACAGCCAUUGAGCCAUCAGAAUAAACACACAUGUAAGGGUUCACUGACAGCGCACAGGGAACAUGUCUUAUCUCCUCACAAGGUCCUACAAGACAACAGUCUCUUAUCAAUACAAAGAUGCCACUCGGACAGCUUGCAGAUUUUUAAAGAGGCCGCAGCUUCUCCUCUUUAUUGUGAAACGGGUGCGUCUUUUUGCCAAGGACGAGACCAGGAUGUUUUUGCGCAGUCGUUUCCUUCUUUAGUGUGUAAACAGGCCAUGCCACUUCAGCAGAACAAUACGAUGACCAUGUCCACCAGAGCAGGAAGUAGCGGAUCGGGUAGCCCAACUCAACCAGCCAAACAUGGCUUCAUUCAGAUCUGCGAAGUCAUUCCAGAAUCCACCUGCCCCAAAUUUGAAGAAGCUGUUUGUAGUAAUUCACACUUCCACCAUGGAGCCGUCGAGGACACUUUUGCGGCAUACUGCCACCCGCAACCAAUUCCUGCCCCGGCCCAGCUGCUUCCACACUUGAUAGGAAUGGAGGAGAACUACAAGGGCCAAGUAUCAGCAGGCAACCUGCUCGCUCUCCCUCGGCUCAUCUCUUCUGUCAGCGAGACCAGAUUGGACGGUAAGCGACUCCUUCGCUGCUGCAAUCCGGACUGCUCUUGGCCUGCUCCGUUGCGUCCAGUUGGCGCUCAACAGUGGGUGGAUGAAACGUCCAAGAGGGAAACGGGGACCAUGACCACAGAAAAAGAACUGAGAGAUGUAGGAGUGCAAGUAGGUCAGGACUCUGUGGAACAGUCCCAGCACGUGUUCCCAGAAGUGUGCCUGGUUGAGGAGAAGACGAAUGUGAGAGGCAAAGUGGCUUCAAAGAGUCAAAAGUCUCCUGUGAGGGAGGUGAAAUGGGAUGCAGAGGGCAUGACCUGGGAGGUGUAUGGAGCCUCGGUCGAUCCUGAGGAACUCGGCCUUGCGAUUCAGAAACAUCUAGAGAUACAGAUCAAAGAAACUAAGGGAAUAGCAGCAAAGUUCUCACGCCAGAACACGACAACAUCCCAGCACAGCUUAGGAUCGACCCAGAAGAGAAAAAAGGGGUUGUUGGGGUUUCUGCACCGCCCGGGCUGCUGUUCUCGCACCACCGGUGCAGUAGACUAAAGGACCCCAAACAGACAUUUUAAAUACUCUUGGGUAUAAAUUCAACAGCCAAGUAAAGAUUAAAAAUAGGGAUUUUUUUAGCAACAGUAUUUUCUCUUUGUCCUUGUAUAUCAGAACUGGGUAAUACAUUUAAUAAAAAUCAUGUCUUCCUUUAAUUUUUAACACCUCACUUAAAUGCUGUAGUAGUUUGCUCAGUAUAUAAUUAAAGGGGUCAUCGGAUGCCCAUUUUCCACAAGUUGAUAUUAUUCUUUAGGAUCUAAAUGAAAAGUCUAUAACACACUUUGGUUAAAAUUUCUCAAUGGUAGUGUAAAACAACACCCUUUUUACCAUGUCAAAAUCAGCUCUGUUUUCAACAAGCCGUUUUAGUCCAUGUUCCUUUAAAUGCUAAUGAUCUCUGCUCACCCCGCCCCUCUCUGAUGAGCCUUGCUCUGAGAGACUUACUUACUUUAGCUGCGGAACUUGCUGACUAGCACAUUAUUAGGAAAGGCGAUUUGCAAAAAUUCAUAAAAGAACCUUAUACUCACUUCUUCUGUAGGUGAGGUUGGAUCACGAAUGAUUCGCGCGAACAUAGAUGCAUUUAGGUAGAUCGGGGGGCGCAUUCCCUUCAAAAACAAACUUAAUCCACUGCAUCUUCAGCGGCUCAGAUGUCGGGAGUAAAUGACGACUGCUAUGUUCAUUAUUACAUCCAACAACAAACCACCUCAAUCUCUUAGGAGCCAUUCUUGUCUACACCUGCUCCGGUGUCGAAACAAUGGCGGACUGAUGACAGCUCACUCAGGGCGGGUCUAAGGUAAAACGCUAGUGUCAAUCAACAAUCGUGGGAGGGGCCUGGGUCUGUGUGACAUCACACAGACAGGCAUCUGAGAUCGGCUUGAUAUGGGAAAGGGGAAAUGAUUUAAUGAGAUUAAAAAAAAAACACUGGGUGGAUUUUUAUCAUUAUAGGGUGGUUGUGUACACACACUGCCAACACACAUUUCAGUUCAAACUACUUGUAAAUGUGCAUGUCCCAUCCGAUGACCCCUUUAAGAACUUUUUAUAAUAAGAGAAAGAUUGUGGGUUAUUUUAUAAUAGUUAACUGCUCUUUGGUUUUUGUCUUCCCAUCAGCAAAGCAGAAUGAUUCCUGCCUUGCAUUAUUCUAUGUGGAAAUGUCGAUUAAAUGUGGCCGGGACCACAAAACAAGUAAUAAGGGUCAUUUUUUUUAAAACUGAGAUUUAUACAUUAUUGAUGUAUGGUUUGUUAGGAUAGGACAAUAUUUGGCCAAGAUACAACUAUUUGAAAAUCUGGAAUCUGAGGGUGCAAAAAAAUAAAUAAAUAAAUUGAGAAAAUUGCCUUUAAAGUUGUCCAAAUGAAGUUCUUAGCAAUGGAUAUUACUAAUCAAAAAUUAAGUUUAGAUAUAUUAACGGUAGGAAAUUGACAAAAUAUCUUAAUGGAACAUGAUCUUUACUUAAUAUCCUAAUGAUUUUUGGCAUAAAAGAAAAAUGGAUAAUUUUGACCCAUACUAUUUUUUUGUUUUGUUUUUUUGUCUUUUACUACAAAUAUACCCUGAGCUACUUAUGACUGGUUUUGUGCUCCAGGGUCACAAAUGAAAACCUUUUAUUGUUUAAAUCUGUGGAAGCACUGUGAUGGUGGUAAGAGAAUACAGUAACUGUGGCGCUACCUGCUGGCCAACGCAUGAUAGUAAGACAGAGGGUAUCAAAUCAUAUGUGUAAAUGCUUUUAAAAAUAAAAUACUAUUUACAAUACACACUACCUUUCAAAAGAAUGUGGUUUUCAGAAAUCAUUUUAAUAUGUGAUUUGGUGCUCAAGAAAUAUUUCUUAUUAAUAUCCAUGUUUAAAAAAUGGUUGUGCUGUUUAAUCAUUGUCAGGAUUCUUUCAUGACUAGAAAGGUCAAAAGAACAGCAUUUAUUUGAAAUAGAAAUCUUUUGUAACAUUAAAUAUCUUUACUGUCACUUUUGACAUCCUAACUAAAUAAAAGCAUCCAGUUCUUUCAACACACAUAACCCCAAACUUUUAAAUAGUAUAGUGUAUAUUAAUAUUGAAUAAUAAUAUUAAUAAAAUGUAAAUAGUAAGAUAUUAGAUGUAGCAGGUGAGCUAAUUAUUUUAGUCCUUACUUGUCAGUACAUUUCCAAAUAUAUAUAUAUAUUUCUGAAUAACAUAAUUUCCAAUCAAUUUCACAUUUAAUAAGAAAAUUAGCACUGGAUGUACUACAGCCUGACAUAACUGGUUAUUGGAAAAUAAAGAAGAUGGAUUAUACUGUAUUCAGAGUAACACAUUUUGACACUUGGAAGUAGAAUAUGGUUUGUACAGUUAUUUGUCAAAACAAAUUAAAUGUAUCACCAGCUGAUGAAUGUCUUUGUAUUCUGUAACAAUAAAAGCAAUAUGGCACUUAAUU